AUGGCUGAGUCAGUGGUUAGAGCUUUAUAUGGUAAAGCAACGUCUCUAAAUUUGAGUUCAAGGAAAAUAAGGGACGUUCCUAAGUGCGUAUCCAGACUGACAAACCUGUCAGUGCUCCUGCUGAACAACAACUCCAUCAGCGCUCUGCCCGCCGAGCUGAUCUCUCUACAACACCUGGCGGAGCUGAAUUUGGGAAAUAAUGCCUUGAAGGAGAUUCCCGCUGUUGUGGGCCAUCUGGAGUCCUUGAAGAAACUGUAUCUGUUCGGCAACCAAAUUACAGUGGUGCCACCUGAGGUGAUAGGUGGCUUACAACACCUUGUUGUGCUCAAUCUGAACCACAACCAGAUUCAAAGACUUCCACCAGAGAUUAAAAGUUUGAGUAAGCUUCAGCAUCUCAGUGUGAUGGACAAUGAGCUGGAGGAGGUCCCUGCUGAGCUUGGUCAUCUCACUAAGUUGUCUGAGAUAAACUUGACUUCCAACAAGCUGUCUUGGCUGCCUCAGCAGCUGUACCAGUGUAAAGACCUAACCAAGCUCCAUGUAGCCAAAAACAAGCUGACCAGCCUACCAGAGGGAAUUAGGGCACUGGCAAAACUCCAGGUAGUGGAUGUGGCUGGGAAUAAGUUGUCCAUGUUCCCUGUUGAGUUUCACCUGCUGCCCCUGAAGGAACUCUACUGUGAAGGCAACAGGUUUGCGCGCUGUGAGCCAAUGCCAUCAGUGCAGGAUGCAGAGGUGCUUACAUUAAAGGAACUAGCUGCAAGAUUUGUCUUGUGGGAGAACAGGAACAGGUCCUCUCUGGUCCACAGGAUGCUUCCCCACUACCCAAGUCUGACUGCCUUAUUGGCCAAUAGCAGCUGUUGCGUGCUGUGCAUGGGCCCCUUCCUCACCACCUGGUUGGAAUGUGUGCAUUUUAUCAGUCUGAGGAAGGACAUGAAAAUGAAGAGUUCACUGACUAUUCCAGUGCGCGCCCUUCUUUGUUCAUACAAGUGCUUCAAUACAGAUGGACAUUUCUACUAUGGUGUUGGGACAAGAUAA